AUGGCUGUUGAAGAAACUGAUACCGAGGUCAUUUUGACUCAUCCAGAUGACAACAAAACGUGUGCGAAAAUUCUCAAAUACGGUGCCACUGUGUUCUCAUGGACGUUGAAGGGAAAUGAACAAUUGUGGUUGUCGAGCGCUGCCAAAAUGGACGGUUCGAAGCCCGUGCGUGGCGGUAUCCCCCUGGUUUUCCCAGUGUUCGGUAAAAAUAAUGACGACGAGUAUUUGAGCAAAUUGCCGCAGCACGGACUGGCCAGGAACUCAACUUGGGAGUUUCUGGGCCAGGUCCGUGCAAACCCUCCAACAGUGCAAUUCGGGCUGGGUCCCGAGUUUGCCAACCCGAAAUUGUCGAAAUUGUGGCCAAUGGACUAUUCUUUGGUGUUGACGGUGGAGCUGGGCUCAGAACACUUGAAAACACACAUCGAGGUCAGCAACACUUCGAGUGAGCAAUUGCUCAAAUUCCACUGGCUGUUCCACACGUAUCUACGGAUCGAGGACAUCGAAGAUACCAUGGUUUCCAAUUUGACGGGCUCCACACUGUUCGACCAAAUGCUCCAGGAGUCGUACGUCGACAAGCAGCCUGUGGUGUCGUUCCACGAGGAACUCGACAGAAUCUACAAAAAGGUGGAGGGCGAUCGUGUCGUACAGGUCAUUGACAAGGGCACACCUAUUCACACCAUCAGAAGACACAAUCUACCAGACGCAGUGGUGUGGAACCCAUGGGUUGACAAGUCGAAGGGCAUGGCGGAUUUCGAGCCCAAAAGCGGCUACAAGGAAAUGGUGUGCUUCGAACCGGGCCAUGUCCACGAUUUCGUGCAAUUGCAGCCAGGCCAGUCAUGGGAGGCGUACCAGCUUUUGUACAAGGACGACCUGAAGUAUCAAGUCGUGUAA